UCGACUGCGAGUGAACGCCGCGCUGCCUAUAACCUCGAUUCGAAUUCGGAAUUCGAAUUUCGUAACUUCUCCAUUGCCUUGGAUUAAAAAAAAAAAGAAAAAAAUUACAUAAAAGAAAAGAAAUAUCCCGCCAUUUCGGCUGUCAACUUGACGUGUGGUUUGUGAAAUUUGUGCUCUUGUUUGUUUGUGCUGUGUUUGUGAGUGAUUAUACUGUUGCAGGAACUGGUGACCAAUUAUCAGCAACUGAUUAAAGAAAACAUGAAGUCACAUGCCAAUGAAAUUUAAAAAGGUCACCUAUGCUUCUAAGAACGGACAUUCAUCAGGAAUGCAUCAACACGAAGAAAUGACCAACAUUAUAGCAAAAUGGCUGAAAAAUGUUGGAAAACAUGGCUAAGAUUAUCCCUAAUAUCGAUUACUAUUUCAAUGUCCAUCACCGACUUCACGACUGAAUGCCAGCGUCCUUGCGACUGUAGGUGGCAAUCUGGCAACAAAGCUGCCAUUUGCUCAAACUCAAGCCUUAAAAUUGUACCUGCUAACCUUAGCAGCGACAUACAGAUUCUAGAUCUUUCCAACAACAAUUUACAACAGCUCCACCAAGAAGCAUUCAAGCGUGUAGGCCUAAGCAAUCUAAAGAAACUUUUCUUACGAGAGUGUAACCUAGAAGUUGUACAUAAAGCAGCAUUCGUAACUCUAGCUAUAAUGAUAGAACUAGAUUUGUCUAAAAAUAAAAUACGAUACCUACACCCAGACACAUUUAAAGGCACAGAGAAACUGAGAUUGAUAAACUUAAGCCAUAACUUCAUUGACAAAUUGGAGGACGGUCUGUUCCGAAACUUGAGGUUCCUGCAGAAAGUCGAAGUGAGCAAUAAUAGGAUAAUCCGAAUAGGGACGAAGGCAUUUGUCAACUUACCGCAGUUAAAGAUCAUCAGAAUCGACGGCAACAAUCUGAGUCACAUGAAGCCGGAAACUUUGAUGGCAUUAAGGAACUUGUCCGGCUUGGACUUACAUAACAAUCCCUGGCGAUGCGAUUGCAAUUUACAAACGUUCAGGGAUUGGGUGAUAAGUCACAAUUUAUACACUCCGCCUACAUCAUGCGCGGAGCCUGCCUCCAUUCGUUCCAAACUUUGGAACGAAUUAGACUCGUCGAACUUCGCCUGUCGGCCUACCAUAUUAGAACCUCUGCCAGAUUCAACACUCAAAAGUUAUGACGAAAACGUGACUUUGAUUUGUAAAGUCGUCGGUAAUCCUACACCAGAAGUUGUGUGGAGAUUUAACGGGAAAACUAUUGAGUUGCGAUCGUUUGGAGAAAUAAGAUAUGUCGUUACUGAAAAUACUGUUGAUCUCAUACGAUGGGUGAAUUUGACAAUUCUUCACGCUAGAUAUAGCGAUAGAGGGAAUUAUACGUGUGUAGCCGAGAACCCGGGUGGAUUAGAUGAAAAGACUUUAACCCUAAUUCUGUCUAAAUAUAGUGGAGCUGGGACAAUUGCUGGAAUGGACACUGAUUCUUUUGCUAUUAUGGUUGGGUGUUUAACUGCUAUAGUAAUUAUAUUUGGGGGUAUCCUAGCUGUGUGUCAUUUAACGGCACAGAAAAGUGAACUAAAAAGACUGAUAAAAACUGAUACGCGUUCGUCGAACGGUGAUGCGCUUAUUGAAGGAUCUGUGGGCUCCGAACCUGAAAAGUUAGUGAAGAGUGAGGGCGCCUGUAAAUCGAAUAAGAAAUAUGAUGCAACAAUGACGAGCCAAGCGACGGAAAUGUCGGAAUUAAAUAAGACACUGCUUGAUAGCGAUACAAUUUUAGCGAACGAAGAAAGCCACCGUCAUGCUUCAGAGCAACCGAACAUGUCUACAGAGUUGCUAAUAGAUCGUCUGACCAAAGACCCUCAGGCGUACCCUCCAGACCUUCUAUCAAUCCCUCUCCGCUCAACCAAUCAAGUGUCCCCAGGGCAAGAUAGAACGGUGGACCCAAACAGCCCGAAGUCACCAAACUAUGACGUCAUCGGCAUCAGUCCAGCGCUAUACAGCCGCCUGCAAUCAGCCAACAUAUUCCUGAGCCCGAAAGGCUACGUAACACUUCCAAGGCGACCAAGAAUAUGCUAUCCGGAGAACGAUUUACGUCCCCAAGUUUUGUCCAGCCUCAACGGGGUGUUACCUUACUACGACAACUUUAACAUGAAGAUCUUUGGGCACAGCGGCAAUUACUAUAGCCUGAACAAAAGUGAGAUGGAUUUGGGACCGGUAAACAAGAUUAAUUACGAGGGAGACGACUUGGAGCCGGCUCCAUCCCCCGCACCAGGUACACCACAUGCAACUAUACCGAGAAGUAGCGUCAGUUCACCAAAUAUCCACAACCAGCUGCUAAUGUCCCAAAUAACACGUGAUAGACCUUUGAAAAUAUCUCUGGAAAAUGAGACAGUGGUCAUUAACUCGAAAGAUAGAAUGCACAGCUUGCAUGCUGCAAACGUUGUUGGUGUGAGUUUAGGCAGGACAGUACAGAAGCCGAGAAAACGGAAUUCGUGUGAGCUUAAUGCGUUUUUGACGAGUGAUAAUGCGACUCAGGUAUGAAUGUGUUCAAAUGAGUCGAACAUUUUUAUGAAAGGGACGUUUUUACGGAACUAAGAACUACAGUUUUCAGCAUGUUUUAUAAUGUAGCGCGUUGAUGAGGUAAUGCAAUACCUUUAAAAUAUAAUUGGUGUAUAUUUCUGUUUGGAAUAAAUGUUUUAUUGUGUUCUGUCUAAAACUAAUAGUCUGUGGAGCAAGUAAUAAAGCAAUUUUGGAAAGUCAAUAAGAUAAAUUCAAUGACAUUUUUGUACAAUUACAAAUGUUUAUUUAUUUAACCUGUUUUAUUUUUUAAUAAAAAUAUUUAUAGUGGGAAAAAGUCGAUCAGCGGGAUUAAAGCCCUCCCUCGACAUACGGGGGCGAUGUCUUAUCACUAGGUCACCCAUGAAUAAAUCAGCAAUCGAAUUUUUUCUUCUCUUCCGGCUUCAUGUGCCUAAGGGACACCCCACGCCAUCUAUUAAGAGUAUCAGCAACUAACUCAACCAAUGUGAAACAUUAUUUCUGUUAUUAUACUAGCAUUUUUUCUUCAUAUUUUACAAACAUUUAAAAACGACAAAAAUAUUUAACAUUUAUUAGACUUUAGAGUAUUGCAUAAUAUUAUUUCAGACACCU